ACUCCUUUUUGUUCAUUACUACGACUACGACUGUCAUUACUUAUUAGCGUGAUGUUAAAGGAAGUAAAAAGUAUUUAACGUCACAGUGAGGGCUCUUAAAAUGCAUAUUCAUCGAUACAUAAGUUAUUUUUGUGCUGUGAUGUCAUCACUUCGUGAUAUGGUUUAAUGAUACAUGUUCCUAGUCGUAUUUUUUAAUUGUAAAUAACCUAAUCGCUGUAAAUAUAUUUUUUUGUAAUAUGGCAAAGACUAAAACAAUCAGCAAAGGCUGCCCAAAAUGUGAACAGCAGGUACCCGUUGCCUGCAAAGCAUGUCCAUGUGGUCAUUCAUUUUUUAAUGCAAGACGCAAUUCUAUUAAGAGUCCUCCAAGUCCUGAUAGUGGAGUAAUGAAAACUAGACGGACUAAUCGAAUUAAACGAGAGAAACCAAAUUAUUAUGAUGCUUUAGAAUAUGAUAAACAAUCAAAGAAAAGUGCUAAAAUAAGAAAAGCAACAGAUGCAGCUAGCGACAUUGACUGCCGACAAUUAAAUAAAAAGAAGAAACGUAAAGUGAAAAGUAAAGGAAAGAGUGGGAGUAAUAAUGGAUUAGGAGAUGAUGAUGACGAAAUGGAAGGAAUCAAUGGUUUGUCAGCAGAGAAACAGCUUACAUGCUCUUUGAUAUUGCAAGAAUUAAAUAACAAAAUGAGAGUGGUAGCUUGGAAGCCGACAUGAUCCCUUUUAUUUAUUAGUGGGUCUCUUGUUAUCACAUUCGCUAGCUUUUUUCUUACUGAUUAACUCCAAUAUAAUUAUUUGAUACAGAUAUUGGAGUACUUUUAUGAUACAAUCUGUUAAUUGCAUUCUAAAGCAUUGAGAUAAUAUUAGAUAAUUUUAUGCAUGGACUAAAUAGAUGAAUUCAUAGAUGCGGAAGACUGUUUUUGGUGGUAAAUCUUAUACACACAUGUUUUACAAUAAAUUCUUCUUAUCUUCGCCUUUUACUAUGAGACCACAGUCUGUCAAGACUUUUGAGCAUUGUUUCAUAUAAGAAAUUAACAUCUAAAUAUUAAAACCAAAAGAGCAAAGGCAAUACACGUGAAAAGAAUAUAACUUUUAUUAAAGAUCACUGUGUUUAAAUUA